AUGCCUCUAGUCAUCCUAGGCGAAACUCUAAGCUACCUCCGCUUCAAUUGCAUCUGGCCCAAAAAAGGCCACGAACUAAACCCUGGAAAAUGGUUCUACAUUAAAUUCAUACUAAUGCUCACCUCUCAGUCGGUAAUCAUCUUCGGCAGCUCCGCUCACUUAGUGGUGUCCAUCCAAAACAAGUCCAGCAACAUCUUCGAAGACCUAGUCAUCCUAAUCGGAGAAGUGGGCGUUUUCUACUUCAACGCGACUUUCGUCAAGUUUCAACAACCCAUUGCGAAGAUUUUCACGCACCUUUCUAAUUUCGAAAAAUUCGGAAUACCGCCAAAUUUUGAACAACGCAACAAGAAGUUGAUGUUUUGGUCGAGAAUGUACAAAACUUUCAUCGACAUUGUCAUUUUUAACAUGUGUCUGGAGACCUUGCUCAGGCUGAAAUCUUGCGAAAAGGCGAACUUGACGAGGAAGUUUAAGGAAAUUUGUGGAUUGGUGGUGACGACUUGGGUGCCUUUUGACAUCAAUGUGUUUCCACUUAAACAAAUUCUUUAUCUGUGGCAGUGUUACACGCUUUUGUUUACACUGAAAGGGGCUGCGCUUAUAUCUUUUUCGCUUAUGGAAUCGAUGGAGCACUUGGUGGUGAGAAUACAACAUUUGAAGGGGUUGUUGUUGGAGACGGUUGACACUAAAGAUGAAAAACUGAGGAACGAAAAUUUGGAGAAGAUUGGUCAAGAGAUGGAUAAGAAUUUCGCUAGGUGUUUAUUUACACAUGUGUUGUUCUCGGGGGCUCUUUUUGGAUGCUUGGGUUACACAGUGAUGGAGAGUUUCUCGUUAUUGUCGUCUUCGCUAUUUUCCGGUUGGAUGCUUUCCCUCAUCAUCGUCUCAGUUAGUGGUCAACACGUAAUGGACGAGGGAUUUUCAAUUGGCGAUACCGCUUAUGACAGCAACUGGUACGACAGAGAUGCUUCUUUCCAAAAAAAUAUCGUUCUGAUUAUAACCAGAUCACAAAAGCCUAUACUUAUUCACGCUGGCCCUUUUAGUCAUCUUGCACACGUCAUGAUCCUGACUAAAACUGGGUCCGCACUUAGCAAGUUCUUGGGGACAGGACUCGAGGACAACUUCACCCACAACUACAGCAUCAAUUAUGCAAAAAAAGCGACAUUUGUGUGA